AUGCCGAAGAAGAACCGACCUGCGACAUCGGGCUAUGCCCGUCUCGCACAGGAGGAGGAUAGACAUGAAUUCUACAAUUAUGAUGAUUCCGAAGACGACGACCUUCACGGAGUUAAUUCCAGCAUUGUUUCCCAAUCCGCCCCUCGAUAUGCCCCCAUAUCCUCUCGAACCCAGAUGCACGGGCUCUCCACGCCUCCCGAGUAUCGACGAAGACAUAGUGGUCAUUACCAUCGACGAGGACGCAGGAACUCCGGCGUGGACAUCAAAGCCAUCAACGCGCGUCUUGAACGUUGGGCAGAGGAAAUCGCCUCCAAGUUCAAAAUCAACAAGGUUAAGGGGAAAACGCUAGAGGAGGAGAAGCUGGAAAUUUACCACUCCGUUUUUCAACCUCCAGAGGGUGUUCGACCGGUCACUGCGGAGACGCUCGAGUCCGAGGAGAUGGAAGGCGCCGCACGGCGAGCGCGGGCUGAGUUCGAGGAUGUGGUGGAAAGUGUCCGCGUGGCGAUCGAAUUAGGAACUCAUCCUCGCAUGAUUUCCCAGGGAAGUUCCGGUAGCUACUUUGCGCGCAACACCGAAGGAAAAGUGGUGGGCGUCUUCAAACCCAAGGAUGAGGAACCCUAUGCUUCUCGCAACCCGAAGUGGACCAAGUGGAUUCACCGGAACUUGUUCCCGUGCUUCUUUGGACGGGCGUGUUUGAUUCCCAACCUUUCUUACGUAUCGGAAGCAGCGGCUUAUGUCCUUGACGCGCGUCUACAGACUCACAUGGUCCCUUACACCGACAUCGUCUGGUUAUCCUCGAAGUCAUUCUUCUACGACUUCUGGGACCGGAGAAAAGCCUGGAUGGGCAAGAAACAGCUUCCUCCCAAGGUAGGCAGUUUCCAAGUUUUCCUCAAGGGAUACAAGGAUGCGAAUAUAUUCCUGCGAGAACACCCAUGGCCCGACCAAACCAACACUGGGUUCCGUGCGGAGGACGCACCGAAACGUAAGAAGCGGCCAUGGAACGAGGCUUGUCGCCCAUCAGGGAUCCAUUCGGAUGAUGAGGAUGAAGAUGAAUACGCAGACGGUGAUGUGCCGUCGCCGUCGCCACGAGAACAGAGCAACGAGCGCCGAUUCCAGUGGACCGAAGGACUUAAACAAUCUUUCAGAGAAGCGCUGGAAAAACUUGUCAUUCUUGACUACAUUAUGCGCAACACAGACCGUGGUCUGGAUAAUUGGAUGAUCAAAAUCGACUCGUUAUCAGAGGAGGUCUCUAUUGUGGCUGAUCCUCCGAAGUCGAACGGGAACAGUCCGCAGCCAGGUGAUGACGAAGAUGAUGACUACUUGCGUCCAGCACAACCUGUUUCCUUGAAUCCAAACCAAAAUCAAAGUACCAGCGCAUCCUAUCCUUACAAACGACAUGAAACCAUGGUUGCUAUAAGCCGCACCGGGACACCUUUGAGUGGACAACAAGAGCCGCCGGUUUCGAUUCAGAUCGGUGCCAUUGAUAACAGUUUGUCAUGGCCAUGGAAGCAUCCUGACGCAUGGCGAAGCUUCCCCUUUGGAUGGCUAUUUCUUCCCGUCUCCCUUAUCGGACAACCGUUCUCGCAACGCACGAGGGAUCAUUUCUUACCGCUUCUGACUUCGACGGCAUGGUGGAGUGGCACACAGAUGGCUCUCCGGAAAAUAUUCGCGCAGGACGACGAUUUCAAGGAGAGCAUGUUUGCCCGACAGAUGGCCGUCAUGAAGGGUCAAGCUUGGAAUGUCGUAGAGACUUUGAAGCAUCCGGACCAUGGUCCUUUGGAACUGACAAGGCGGACGCGGGUGUGUGUCUGGGAUGACUUGGUGGAUGUUCCCGUUGCAAUUCCUCUCCGCGCCCCGUCGACGGAUGCGCAAAAACGCAAGGCGCGACAAUACGACCCAGACAAUGAGGAGAUGGAUAUUGGUGCGGCCAUGUCGUUGCAAUCUGACCACGACCUCUUGGGUCUCGGAUCACCAUCAAGUGAACUUCCCAACCCGAACCGGUUCGAACUUGCCCGUGAUCAAGGCGAACCGAGUAAUCUUGGUGGCAGUCCUGCAACAAUCGGUGCGCAUGAGGUCAACCGGGAUAGUAUUGAUGGACUGGGCGCCAACGGGAGAGACCUGGACAGGAGUUGGGCUACUCUCCCUCCUCGGUCCCAUACUAAAUCUGCCAGUGUUGGCGGUCACCGCAAGAAUGACUCGCUCUCGACUGUCCGCAACCAGGCGGCCUUUGUGUUUGGCAGCGAUGAUCUGGAAGGUGAUCUGGGGUACGCUGCCGCAGAAGGUAUGGAAGGGAACCAACGCAAGGUCAUUGUGGAACGAAUAGAGGCUGUUAAGAGCAAGAACCCGGUUUUCACGUGGUGCUAG